AUGACAGCAGACGACUCCAACGCAGCGACCACAAGGUACGGAGGCGAGGGCGAGAGCUCGCCUCCCAUCGUACGCAUGAUGGUCCUUGAGACGGAUGAGCCGCAUCCCAAAUCGCUAGAGAGGAAGGGCACGUACGGAGAGAACCUCCACCGUCACUUCAAGGCCGCCGGCGACGAGCACAAGCCGCGCCUCGGCAUCGAGGCCGACAUACGGUUCGUCGUGACCGAUAAGGGCGGCGAGGUGCCCAAGGUGUCCGAGUUUGAAGGCAUCGACGCCGUGCUGCUGACGGGCAGCAUGUACGACGCGCAUGGAGACGACGACUGGAUCAAGGACCUGAUGGCGUUGCUGAAAGAGCUCUGGGAGACCCGGCCCGACAUGCGAUUCUCGGGCAUCUGCUUUGGCCACCAGCUACUGUGCCGCCUGCUCGGAGCCGAGGUCAGGCCAUCGCCGUCCCAGGAUUGGGAGCUCGGCCACUCGCAGAUCAACCUGACCGUCGUGGGCCAGCGCCUAUUUCAGACGGACGACCAGGUCGUGCACCUUCACCAGAUGCACCAGGACCACGUGGCGGCGCCGCCGACGUACUCGAGCGCCAACGGCCUGCUGGCCGAGGAUACCCAGGUCGCCGUCUGGGGUAGCAGCUCCCACACCAACGUCCAGGGCGUCUACAUCCCGCGCCGCAUGUUCACGGUGCAGGCACACCUCGCCUUUGACGAGCAGAUGGUCAAGCGUGAAAUGGAGAUGCGAAUCGAACAGGGCGCCAUAGAGGGCAAGGACCGGGAGACGGCCGAGCGGGCGGCCGAGACGGCCCACCUGGACCACGAUGGCGAUGUUGUUGCCGCUGCAAUCCUCAGGUUCUUUCAUGGCGACGACGACGAUGACAGUGACAUGGAGAUGGGAGGAAAGGAGUAA